AUGAAUAAGUAUGUUAUUUUUAUAUUUAAAUCUCCCGUAACAUUGGCUGGUGACCCAAUAAAUGGUUAGUGUUGCAUAAGAAUAACUCAGGAGCUUCCAAAAUGUGUUAUAAACCUAUCAUUUUAUGCUAAGCAAUACUCAAAGUUAAUUUAGAAAAGAAAGCUUCCUAAUGUAAAUCCCAAUUCGAUACAAGAUAAAUAAGUAGAGAAAAUUGAAAGAAUUUAAGUCUCUAUGGAUUCACCACAAAAAAACCAAAAAUAAAAAAAAUACGAACUUAAUGGAAAUGUGAUUCAUAAAAUUAUAAGAUAAUAUGGAGUACAAAGAGUCUUGGUGAGUUCCUUAGAGUUAUUUAAGGGAUAAGUAAAUAUAGGAGAUUAUAAAUUUUUCUUUUCAAUUCCAACUAACGAGAGCAUGUAAUCAAGUUUCUUCUACACAAGUUAAGAUGGAUUAAAAUCUGGAAAAUGCAGCUAUAAAAUUACACUUCAGAUUCAAAAUCCUGAUGAGAGUCUCAUUAUUCUAAAGGAAAGUGCAGAAGUAAAUAUUAAUGCAAGAGUGUAAUCUAGUAUUGAAAUUCAAAGAUAAAGUGAUGCCAAUAUUAUAUCAUAUUUUUGCUUGAGUGGAGGGAUAGUCGAUUUAAAAAUAUAAUUAAAUAAGUCUAAUUUUACGCCAGGAGAGCUAGCAAUAAUUUAAUAUCAUCUUGACAAUACAUUUUCUUCAAAACCUGUAACAAGGGUUGAAAUAAGACUGAUUAACAAAUUAAUUUUCAUUGAUGAUGAUUAAAUAGACAGAGUAAUUUUGAACUAAGUAGUUUUCUCUAAAAUCCUUCCAGGGGCAAAUUAAGGAGAAAGAUUAGAAGCUUAAAUUGCAAAGUUUGAAAUUCCAAAAAAUUUAAAAGCAUCUGUAAAAAAUUAAACGAUUUUAAAUUAAUAUUUGCUGCAAAUAGAGGCUAUUAUAGACCAACUUUUCAUUAAAUUGUCAAAUCCAAUCCUUUGCCAAAUACCCAUCAACAUUUAAGAAUCUCGGUUUUAAUAAGUUGUUAAUCUAGAUGGUUGGAAUUUUGUUCCAAUUUUAAAUGCAAGUGUUAAUGCAUUUUCUACUCUAACUGUCCAGUAAUCGUUUAUUCCAACAUGA